GUCAAGCGGUGUAGCAGCAGCAGCAGCAGCGGAGGAGGAGGAUGUAGCAGAGGAGGCUUGCGUUGAAGCAGAGGAGCAGGUCCCCCUUCUUCUGGUCCUCCAUGGAGGACCAUGCUCCUUCCCCGGCCUCCCAGGCCUGGCCCUCGGCGCUGCUGGCGGCCACUGGGCUGCUGCUGGGGCUCUGGUGGCUGCUGGGCCGGCGGCGGCGGGCUCUGGAGGGCCUCCCUCCGGGCCCCAAGCCCUGGCCCUUGGUGGGCAACGUGGCCUUCGCCCUGCUACCCAACGCUCAGUCCCGGCGGCAGCAGCAGCUCCUCGGGGGGGCCGCCAAGGGCCAGGCCAGGCCCUUCCAGGCUCCGGGCGGAGGAGGCGGGGGUCGCCGUCCCCUCUCGGCCCACCUGCUCCUGACCGAGCUGGCCAAGAUCUACGGCAGCAUCUUCACCUUGUUCGUGGGCAGCCACCCCAUCGUCGUGCUCAGCCACUUCGAGGCCGUCCGCGAGGCCCUGGUCAACCAGGCCGAGGUCUUCAGCGACAGGCCCAGCGUCCCCAUCGUGGGCAUCCUCACCAAGAAGAUGGGUGUGGUGUUUGCCCCAUAUGGCCCGGUAUGGAAAAAACAGAGGAAGUUCUCCCAUUCAACUCUGCGUCACUUUGGGUUAGGAAAGCACAGCCUGGAGCCAAAAAUAAUUGAAGAAGCCAAAUAUGUGAAGGGAGAGAUCCUGAAACAUGGAAAGGAGCCAUUCAAUCCCUUUCCAAUUAUUGGCAACUCUGUAUCCAACAUCAUUUGCUCAAUGGCCUUUGGUCGGCGCUUUGACUACGACGACAUAGGAUUUAAGACCUUGUUGAAGCUCAUGUCGCGUGGUCUGGAAAUUAGCUUGGACAACCAAAUCCUUCUGGUCAACAUCUGUCCUUGGCUGUACUACCUCCCUUUUGGAUCUUUCCGAGAACUCAGGCAGAUUGAAGUGGACAUCACAGCUUUCCUGAAGAAAAUAAUAACACAGCACAGGGAAAGCCUGGAUGCCCAGAAUCCCCGAGACUUCAUCGAUAUGUAUCUCCUUCAUGCGGAUGAGGAAAGAAAGACCAACAGUGAAAGCAGCUUUAACGAAGACUAUCUAUUCUUUAUUAUUGCGGAUCUUUUCAUUGCAGGCACGGACACGACAUCUAACACACUGCUCUGGAGCUUGCUUUACAUGUCUCUUCACCCACAGGAACAAAAAAAGGUUCAGGCAGAAAUUGAUUUGGUCAUUGGACGAGAGAGGCCUCCUACUCUUGCUGACAAAGCACGCAUGCCCUUCACAGAAGCAACGCUCAUGGAAGUUCAAAGGAUGACCGUCGUGGUUCCUCUUUCUAUUCCUCGAAUGGCCUCAGAAACUACAGUGCUUCAAGGCUACACUAUUCCAAAGGGCAGCGUAAUCAUUCCUAACUUGUGGUCUGUCCACCGAGAUCCCAGGAUAUGGGAGGAACCAGAUGAUUUCCACCCAGCAAGGUUUCUGGAUGAGAACGGCCAGCUCCUAAAAAAAGAAACAUUUAUUCCUUUUGGAAUUGGGAAACGUGUAUGCAUGGGAGAACAACUAGCUAAGAUGGAGCUGUUCUUGAUGUUUGUAAGCCUCCUGCAAAGUUUCACUUUUCUGUUCCCCGAAGAUGAAAAGAAGCCACCAAUGGAAGGACGAUUUGGCCUAACAUUAGCUCCAUUUCCAUACAAUGUAAUUGCCUUAAAAAGAUGAAGGAACCUUGGUCAGGAAUGAUGCAUGAAGCUUGUAAUAUUCCUAUGAAAUUCAGGGAUAUGUAUGAAUUGUACUUCACUAACACAGUCACCAACUCUGAGCAGGGAUGGGGAUCUUUCAGCCAACAGGGUGUCCAAAGCACUUUCCCCUUAGCAUGGGGACUCUUUAAUGUGUUGAAAACUUUUGACUGUGAGAAACCAAACAAAUUUUCUAAUCCUCAAAGUUGUAGAGAAACUGCAGAAUAAAUAGGAAUCAAGUGGCAUUUUAUAUUAGAUUACAAGCAAGUAGGAGGAGAAAAUCGGAUGAUAAUAGCAGGUGAAAAUCGGUAGAACUGAAAGUAGCUUUGUAUUUGCUUAUCUCUUUCACAUAAGAAUUUUGACAUACUUUUGAAAAUAUUCAUCAAGGAUAUACAGAGAUGUAUCUUAAUAAUACAAUACUCUGUUUUUCUUUUCCUACUACUGGGUCAGUCAGAUUUCCACCUAACAUCACUGUGAAAAAAGCAGUCUUGUAUACCACUGCUUCAAGUGCUGAUUCAGUCCUCAGGCUUGCCAUUCCCACAUGCUUCAGGCAAACUGACUGGUAAAAAAUAAUAUUGCAUCAUUUGCACAUCUAUUUGAUUAAAUGGGCAUUUAAUUAUCUUCAAAAAUGUAAAAGAUUUUUGUAAAACAAAAAUUUUGGAAGACCUAUUCCAGGGACUUCCACAUGGUUACUGAUGUUACUGGUUUCAGACAAUCAGCACUAUGCACACCUGGUUUCCUGUUUAGUCAUAGGCGUGGUACAAACCACCUAAAUGCAGCAUACUCCUGAUGAUAUUAGGGUUAGGGACCAAGCACCAACCGCAUGGUCCCAAACCCUAGUACGGACUGGCAGCGUAACAAUGGUGGCAUCCUGUGUACACGGGCACUGCCAUUGUGAUGUAAGCACCGGGUUUUUCCAGGUUCUUUUUACUCCAGAGGGAAGCUGCACGGUGUGGCAGCUGUGGCUUCCCUCUGGAGGGAAUUAGGCCGCUGGCAGGCCGCCCCUUUGGGGCGCUCUGUACCACGCCAUUGUGACCUUGAUUUCAGCUGGGAUUGUGAUAUAGAAGAGAUAGAAAGGUAGUGAGUGUAUUUCCACAGCUCGCAUAAUUUGUCUGUAUAUGAUCUGAGAUUUGUUUCAUAAUAUUCCUGUUUAUUAUUGUUGAAAUCGGAUAUUUUGGGGAGUAAUUUGUCUUUAUGCCUUGCCUGUAUUCUGAGUUUUCCAUAGACUAGGCUGAGCUGAAGGUGAGAGAACUUCAGCUGAUUUUUAGCAUCUGUACUGAAAACAUUUUUAGGAUCAAUAUAAAUUUUAGGAAAAGUGUUUACAUCAGCCUCUGACAAACUGGUGCCCGCACAUUUUUGGACUACCAAUCUCAUAGUAUCCAACCACUAGCCACACUAUUUAGCGAUUAUGAGAACACUAAUGAAAAAAUUGGAGCGUAACAGUUGAAGGAAGCCUGGUUUUGGAUGUUUCAAAUUGUCUGGGUCCAAACAAUCUGGAAGUCUCCUUGUUCCAACCUUUACAAGAUUAAGAGUAACCCCCUACUGAGUCAUUUUACUGUGUGUGGGAUAAAAUCUUAUCCUAGUGUUCUCCCUGCCUUUCCUUCUAACCUUGCAAGACUAUGAAAGCAGAAAUUAUGAUGCAUGUUUCAAGUUAGCCAGGAACAUUUUCCUGGUUCUUGUUAGCGAAUUAACAGCAUGAAUUUAGAUGAUUGCAUUGCUUUGCUGUGGUGGCCAUGAACAUCUAAAAGAUGAUGCACUUUCAUAAUGGUCAUAUAAGAAAAUGGCAGGCAAGUAACAAUAUCCCUGCAUGUGUACCAUACAUGCAUUCCCAGGGAAGGGAAACCAUACUGCCAAAACCUCAGGCUGGCCUUUUUGACAUUUCACUGUAAAUAUAGAGUUAAUUUUAAGGUAUUUGUCAGUAAGAGGAAGCAGUGAUGUGGUACAAAAGUGGUGUAAGCCAGUGUACAGACUGUACAAAAUUGUACAGAUAUGAGCAACAGCAAGCAUUCAGUGUGGGUAAGCCUUUAGGAAGGGUGGUGCCAACUUCCUUGGACAUUUCCUAAUCCUGGAAGAGCUACAAUUGCACUGCAAGCUUUCAACUGAACAAUCUUAGAAUGGAUAGACUUUCAAGAAGCAAACUGUAUUACUAAGCUGGCAAUGCACCUAAUCCUUUAUGUGGCAUGCAAGGCCUCUUGUAAUAAGCCAGCCUUUUAAUGAAGCACUUUAUAAUUUUUUUCAGGAUCCAAAGAUCUUUAUUUCUAUAUUAGAAGGCAUGAAUGGCCUCACUAAUGGUGAUAUAUAUGUAGAUCGCUUAUCUCUUGCUGAUGUUUACUUUGUCUAUCUUCUUCUUGCAAAAUGAACAACUCAUUUUGAAUUUUAGUAUGGAUGAUGGCAUUACUGGUAAAAGCUAGCAUUUGAGACCAUUGCUGUUUUUAAAGGUGCCUAUAUUUCUACAUACAGACUGAGAUCUGUCUCUCAGUAUAAAUCUUUGUCUAAAUAAAACUUUUUAUUUUAAAAGCUUAA